GCAGUGUUAAUGCUAAUGUGCACUCAGGUUAAAGAAAUUGACUCUGAGAAGUUCCCAAAAGAGUCAGAAAACAAAACGCUGGAGAAGAAUGGUCAAGGGAAGACGGCCAUAGUGCUUGGGGCGGUGAUCUUGGCAGCUGUUAUUGCUCUCAUGACGGGGCUGCUGAUCUGGCAUUUCCAAUUCCGUACAGAACAGUUAUCCAAGAGGAUGUACAGUGGAUCAAUGAAGAUUGAGAACCAGGUGUUUGAAAACGCCUAUGAGAACUCCAGCUCUCCCGAGUUCAAGGCUCUGGCUCAGCAGGUGUUGCGAGAUCUAAAAGUUAUUUACACCAACAACCCAAAGCUGAAGAAAUAUUAUGUCGGCUCUGUUGUUCAAGCAUUCAGUGAGGGAAGUGUUAUUGCCUACUACCUGUCGGAGUUUAAAGUCCCUGCAGGCCAAGAAGCAUCUGUUGACAACGCUAUGGCUGAUUUGGAUACAACUGUGAAAAGGACCCUAGCAUCACCAAAAAGACCAACUAAUGCUCUGGAGAUCAGAGAAAUGAGAACCUCAGUUUUAGAUGACAGAUUGUUGUCAACAUCCUUCAAGAGGGUUUUCAACAUUUUCCAGGCCAAGGACCCCCAAACUGAUCGAUUCUCAGAAGUGGAUGAUAAAACCGCUGCUGGUGACAUGUUGUGUGGACACUAUUCACCCACUGAACCGCUCACUUUUUAUUCUUCUCGAAAUGUCAUGCUGGUUACAAUGGGAACAAAUGACGACCUCAACUUUCCAGGGUUUCGAGCAAAGGUUUCUCAAAUACCACCAGGAACUAUAAGUAAGAGCUGCGGUUCCAAACUAACAGGCACAAGAGGCACCUUCUCUACUCCAAACUAUCCAAACUACUAUCCUCCUAAAAUCGAUUGUGCUUGGGAAAUCGAAGUCCCUAAGGAUAAGGCAGUGAAAGUAACAUUCAAAAAGUUGCUCUUGGCAGAGCCUGGCCAGGAGGAUGGCAAAAAUUGUGACAAAGAUUACGUCAUGAUCGAUGAUGGAAAGAGACUGUGUGGAGAGAACCUCAAAGGGACACUGGUAGAAACCAGCAAAACCAACAAAAUAAAGGUGUCUUUUCAUUCUGAUUACUCCUACGUGGACCGAGGCUUUUCAGCAGAAUAUGAGGCCAUUGACAUCAAAGGUCCUUGCCCAAAUAAGUUCCUUUGCAAAAAUCAGUGGUGCAUCGAUAGUAACCUAACAUGUGACGGCUGGAAUGACUGCGGAGACAAUAGUGACGAGGAAAAAUGCAAAUGCAGCUCCGACAAGAUAACCUGUAAAAAUGGGCUCUGUAAGCCCAUGUUCUGGAAAUGUGAUGGUGUAAAUGACUGUGGAGACAACACAGAUGAAUUGAACUGUGGCUUAUGUGAAAGAGGAGAAUUUGCCUGCAAGAACCAAGAAUGUAUCUCAGAGAAUAAGGUCUGUGAUGAGAGAGACGACUGUGGAGACAGUUCAGAUGAGCUCAACUGUAAAGGAAAUUCGAAUUUGAUAUGCACUGACAUUACGUACAAAUGCAAGAACAAUAAAUGCAUCAAUAAGGUGAACCCAGAGUGUGACGGAGAAAAGGACUGUGAAGAUGGUUCAGAUGAGGAGAACUGUGACUGUGGGAAAAAGCAGUUAAAGUCGACAGUGCGUAUUGUUGGAGGACAAGACGCAGAAGACGGAGAGUUUCCAUGGCAGGUCAGCCUUCAUGUUAAAUCAUACGGCCAUGUGUGCGGAGGGUCCCUCAUCAGUCCAAAAUGGGUGGUCACCGCUGCCCACUGCGUGCAAGAUGACGGUAGCAUAAGUUUCUCUCGUCCAGAGACUUGGGAGGUUUACUCCGGCCCUCGAGAUCAGGAUCGAAAUGGAGAUCCUGCAGUGAAGAUUACGCUAAAGAGGAUCAUACCUCACCCUUAUUACAACGCUUACACCUUUGACAAUGACAUCGCCCUGAUGGAGCUGAACAGUCCAGUCAGCUACUCAGAUUACAUCCAGCCCAUCUGCCUUCCAUCCGCUCAACAUGACUUUGACGUCGGUAAAAGUGUUUGGAUCACAGGGUGGGGAUUUCAGGGAGAUUCUGGCGGACCUCUAUCCUGUCCAGAAAGCAAUGGAACGAUGUUCCUUGCAGGAGUGGUGAGUUGGGGUGAUGGCUGCCCUCGUAGGAACAAACCUGGAAUCUAUACAGCAGUCACUAAAUUUCGUCGCUGGAUCAAAGAGAAAACUGGAGUCUAGCCUACUAUGACCUCCAGUGGAUUCAGAAAACUUGACUUCUCUUUGUUUAUAUGCUUAUAAAACUUACUGUGAUUUUUUAUUCUAGGAGAAAGGUGAUAGUUUAAACUCUAUUUGCUUUAAUUUUUAUGUUUUUUAUAUUCUUUGAUGGAUAGCCAAAUGUUAUAUGAUGCAUGAAACAGUUUUUAGCUGCUGCUGCAUGAGAGCCGUCUUGUAGAAUCUUGUAGAUAAAGCUAAUUUACCUUUAUUUCAUCAAAUCUUUCUUUGUUUGUAUGGAUUAUUUAAUUCUAGUAUAAAUUCUUUGAAAAACCAUACUUUUGUCAACUUGAGGAUAAUGAGGAUAAUUUAUUACCAGAGAAACAUUCUGCUUUUCGUUAGCAGGUUCAAAGUCAGGUUCAUGCAGUCAAAUUGAUCUAUAAUGAUUGUAAAUAUGUAUUUUAAU